CCCCACGUCCCCAGCUCCUGCUUCCUCUUCCAGCUGUGGUUGUUCUUCAGACUCAAAAUCGUGACUGGACUGGGUUUUUCUUCAGCCUCCAGCUCCACUUCCAAACAUAGCUAAGCUCUGACAUCAACUUAUCGUUUUCAGCUUCCAAACAUAGCUAAGCUCCGACGGCUUAGGCUCCAUCUCAUACACGUCUUGUUGAAGAUAAAGGAGGACAAAACUGGAUAUCGAGAAAUAAAGUUCAUAUUUCCAGGAGGUGGAACAAAGUUCAUACAUGGCGCAAAGCAGUACUUGGAUCAAAUCUCUAAGUUUCUGUUUAAGAUGGAAUUUUGCUUCUGGAGGUGAAGAGGAUGUCAAGGGCAGGAGGAUACUUUGUGUGGGCAACACAACCUGUUUAUAAACAUGAAGAUAAGCUUCAAGAACAAUGGAAAGAAAUGGAGGAUCUUACUGGACGCAUAUGUUGGGAACUGAUAGCAAAAGGAUAUAUUACCACAUGGCACAAGCCUCUCAAUAACACCUGUUACUUUACACAUAAUCAAAACACACAACCUCCAAUAUGUGAAGAAAAAGAUGAGCAUGAUAAUGUUUGGUAUGUCCCACUGAAGGCAUGCAUAACUAAAUUACCUAAAAAUGGUUAUGAGGGUAAUGUUACAGAGUGGCCAGCACGCCUUCAUCAUCCACCAGAGGGGGGGGAUUCAAAGUAUAAAAAUGGAUGCUUUUGUAUCCAGAAAUGAGUUCAACACCAAAGAUAAGUGUGUCUUUCUUCAUCUUGAACCAAAAAAUGAGUUCAACACCAAAGAUGCAUUCUUUUUUCCUAUUGAUUCCAGAAAUAAACACCAAAUAUGCGUUCUUUGCAACCCAUUAAUCGAUACCUUUUGAUUUUGAAUUUCUCUCCUAGUUCGAUUUUGUUUUGCAACGCAUAAAUCGACACCAUAAGGUUGUUAUUUAUUAAUCUUCAAAGCUAGAAAAUUCCUCUUUAAUAGGAAUUAUUGGUUCACAUGGUUUGGCGGGAAGGCUGAUGAACCGGGAUGCAAAGUGAAUGGGGGUUUAUGGUGAUGUCAGACGAUGUGAUUUGUUACAGGUUUUCUGAUGUAGAAAUUGUCAUGGAAUGCGUGAAUCAAUCAAUCAAAUCUUGUGAAUCUCAUAUUUGAUACAGAUGAAGAAAAUCAAAUCCCCUGAUUCUUCGUGUGUUUCAUGAUCCUCAAAUCAGUCAACAUCCCUUUGUUGACAUGGCUUUAAUGAGUUUAUCUCAGGUUGCAGUUUGAAUAGGAUGAGGAUUGACAUUAAUUUCUUGGAUCAACAUCAUCAGGGUUGUUGAAUAACCACAUGGUUCUUCAUCUCUUACAAGGACAUAUAUGUUAUUGAUGCUUUCAACUUGAAAUUAGUCCAGAGAAUAACAAGUUUGAUCUUCCUUAUAAAGUAGUUUUGAUGGCAACUCCAUGAAGGUAGCCGAGUUACUGUUCAACAAUGGGUUCAAAGAGGGUUAUGCUAUCUGAGGUGGAGUUAGAGGCAACAUCGGGUGGCUGGUAUCAUUCACUUUUUUCUUCAUGCUUCAUAUUUCAGUCAUUGGUUUUUUAGAGCAAAGAUUCUGAAGAAAAUAAAGACUUGGUUUCAUCCACGAAAAAGAAAGAAAUUGUAGUUUGGAUUAAAGCUUAACCAAGUAUAAAUAGCCUUUGAAACGAACCAAUAAUUAUAAAUUCUUCUAGGGGUACCAAUUAUAAAACCAAAUGCUAUCUACCUUUUUUUUUUAAUUUCAUAACUUUUGUGAAGGAAUUUUCUGAGUAAAUUAGUCAUGUGGACUUAUUCUAACAAUGAGGUUCCUUCACAAAAGUUAUGAAAUUAAAAAAAAUAUGAUCUAACUGAUUAGGGGGUUUGUAAAAGAGGUUGCACUUUCUUCAAUAAUCCUGAGUUGUAAUGUUGGCUAUCAAUGCCCAAUUUUCUGAAGAAAAAAAAAGGUUAGCCCUUCGUCUAUCUAUAUGACAAUUUGUAGUUACUUUAAAAGGAAAUUGGUGUUCUUAAAUUGAGAGAACUUUUCUGCUGUUUUUGCAACUUCUCUGAGUUACUUUAGCACUGCUUGAAAUCUUUCAAAAGGGAUUCCAUUAAAGAGAAUUGCAUGGCUCUUGAGGUUGUAGGCAAUUUAGCUUCUUUACUAGUACUAUAUUAACUCCCAUGGCACUUAAGAAUACUGACUUUUUUGAUGUUUUAAGUUUUGCCACAAAAGUUUCAAACAUUUUGCCACUUUUGGUCCCUCCUAAGUAUUUCUAAGUUUUGCCCAAAAAAGUUUCAACACUUUGUCACUUUUGGUCUCUCCUCAAUUUUUUACCUUUAGAGAUUGAUCACCUGUUUUUUAAUAUUUGCCACUUUAAGUCCCUUUGACCAUUUUCACAUUCAUUUUGUCCCUUUUUUCACUUAGGAAUAAUCACUUUUUUGAUGUUUUAAGUUUUGCCACAAAAGUUUCAACAUUUUGCCACUUUUGGUCUCUCCUUAACUUUUUUAAAGUUUUGCCCAUAAAAGUUUUAAUACUUUUCCACUUUUGGUCCCUCCUCAACUUUUUACCUUUAGAGGUUGGUCACAUUUCUUUUAAUAUUUUCCACUUUAAGUCCUUUUGACCAUUUUGACCUUCCUUUUGUUUCUUUUCCAUCUACCAAUUUGUAUUUCCAUUUUGGGAUUCAUAUUGUCACCGUCGUCAUUUGUGAAUAAAGCAAGACGCAUAUCAACAAUAACGGGUUCAAUAAGCGUACAAGAACAACUACAAUACUUUAUAUUAAAUGGGCCACAUAAAGAUAGACCGAAAAGGCCCAUAAUGUUCAGAAACCUAAGAGGCAGGCGAGAGCGUGUAGGGCAAGAAAGUUUUUGAUUUCAUCCAUACUCUCAGACUCCAAGCCAUCGGCGGUGCUCUUUUCGCCACCACUAGUCGCUGCCGUACUAGUCUACUCGUUGUUUGUAAGCUGUUCGAUUUCUUGGAUCACUGAUUAGGGUAAUGACGAUGUACGUUUAUAUUGAUUUGACAGCACAGAGUCUUCUAGUCGCAACAAGCAUGAAAAUGAACAUCGACAUCGACGAAGCAUGGGAAAUCUUUCGAACGCUUCCAGACAAAUCACAGAUUAGGUUCAAAGUCCUCUAAAAACAAUGCAACCUUUGAUCGACAACUUUCUCCGCCAUAUCAUGAUUAUCUCGAAUUAAUGAUAACUACUUAAUGGGUGAUGAAAACAUUGAUGGAUGUAUCUGUGUCGAUUAGAGGUGGCAAUGAGUCAACCUGGGUUGGGUUCGGGUUCAACCCAUUUAUUAAUCGGGUUGAAAAUUUCAACCCUACCUAACUUGUUUAUUUAAAUGGGUUGAUAUUUCCAACCUAACCUAUUAAAUAAAUCCGUUAAAUUUGGGUUUGACCCAUUUAAAAAAAUAAAAAUAAAUAAUUUAACUAAAGAUUACACAACUUAAAUUAGCUAUAGACUUAAAUAAAAUUUCAAAGUAUGACAAAAGUACAAUCAUAAUUCACACAUACAAAGAAAUUGUUCAACUAACAUUAAAGAUAUGUAAUCUUUAAGUGAUUUUCUAGAGUGGUUAGUGUUGGUGCCAAGAAAAAAGGUAGGAAUUGGGAUUUCAUUUUUUCAAAACAUAAAUAAUAAUACAAACAUUGUAAUUUAUAAACUAAUAUUUAGAUUAAUACAUGAUAAUAUUUGAAUAAUUAUUAAAUCUAAUAUAAAUUAAAGUUAAAUGGGUUGGUCGGUUGAAAACAGGUUGAUAAUUUUUACCCGACCCAACCUGUUUAAUUAAAUGGGUUAGACGAGUUGACUUAUUUAACAUAAAUGGGUAGAAAAUCUCAACCUAACCUGCCAAUUUUUGGUUGGGUUGGUGGGUUGGGUUAAUUUUUGCCAGAUAAUGACAUUUCCCCCCUACAGAGGCCAAUCAUGGAUUUUCCUCCAUCAAUUUUACAACUUAGGGUUAUAAUGGUAAUUGGUAGCGCUAAUGGCUUGUUGGUAUUGUGUGGAUUUCUUCCCGACUCUAAUCCCCGAACUCAAAUUGUUGCUCUCUCGAAUCCUCUUAUUAGAAAAUCGUUUAUUGUUGCUGUGCAUAAGCCACUUAUCCAUAAACAUGUUAGUUUUGGGGUUUGUCAUGUUGUAACAGCUCGGAAUCGCAGGUAUUGUUAAAUUAUGUUUUUGGGGUGAGUUAAGAGGGGACUCGGCGAGUUGGAGCCUAGACUCGCCGAGUAGGAUCGCAGACUUGGUCGCGGGUUCGCGACUGGACUCGACGAGUCCGAUAUGGACUCGGCGAGUCUACGCUGUUUAGCGAAAACCCUAACCGCUCAGGUUUGGGUCGUAUAUAAUGCACUUAUAGGCCGUCAUUGUCUGUCUUUAGUCGACUGAGAAGAACCCUAAACGGAUGUGAGCAUCUAGAGCAAGAUUGGAGGAUAUUAGGGCUUGAAGAAAUUGUUGUGCAAGGAGGAGAAGGGUUUUGGCUAAAGGAACAGCAAGGGAAUUCGAGUUCUCCGGUUUGGAGACACAGAGAGGGCAUAUUCCAGGUAAUAUUUCGGAUUCCUUUCUGUUAUGUUGAUGUGUGCAUGGAUUUAGGGUUUAUGGAACCCAUUUGGUGAUUAGAUGAAUUAGUGCCUUGUUACCCAACGACUAUAAUCUUGUAUUAGGACCUUUAGAGGUCCAGAAGGUCCCAUGCUUGUGUAUUUCGGGAUGAGACUUAUCUCAGGAAGCCGUUUGAUCGACUGCAUGGCGUGAACUCGCCGAGUCCGAUGAACAGACUCGGCGAGUAGCUUGGAGAUUUACUGAAACUCGUCGAGCUGUUCUUCAGACUCGGCGAGUGGAGUCGGGGUGGCCCCGCGAUUCUUCCAGGAGUAACUCGUCGGGUCAAGGAGGAUACUCGACGAGUAGGUAGGGACUCUUAGAGAGUUGGAGAACGUCUAGACUCGCCGAGUCGCCAUGGCACUCGCCGAGUCCGGUCGAGUUGACCGUUGACCGUUGACCAGAGUGGACCUAAGUCUGACUUCUUAGGGAUAGUCAUACUUAGAAGAUAUAAGUGUUAAUGAGAGAUAUGUGAUGUUAUAGGAAGGUUGUAGCUCGUCGGAUUGUGCACGAGUGAUUUCAGGAGUUGCUAGCUUUCAGCAUUUACGAGGUGAGUCUUCUCACUACACUGUACCCGGAAGGGUUUGACUUUGUGACCGGAAGGUCAGGUAUGAUAUGUGAUAUGUAUGUUAUAUGUGGUAAGUUAUUUGUUAUAUGUGUGCUAUGUAUGUUAUGUGGGCCGGAAGGCAAUAUGUUAUGGGCCGGAAGGCGAUUAUGUUGUGGGCCGGAAGGCGUUGUAUUGAGGACCGGAAGGUCAGGGCCUGGAAAGGCGUAUGUGCGUAAGUGUAUAUUGGGGGACUCACUAAGCAUUUAUGCUUACAGUGGUUAUGUAUGUGUUUCAGGUACUAGCGAGGACCGUGGGAAGGCGCCGGCGAGAUCGAUACACACUGAAGAUUGUUUUUAUGAUCUUGGGAUUUAGACUAUUUGUAUCUGAUAUAAUACUUAAAAUUAUUUAUGCCUUGUUUUGAAUGGAAAUACCUUAUUUUUAAAAAUGAAAAAUUUGUUUGAAAAUUUGAGUUGUUACAAUUGGUAUCAGAGCCUUGGUUUGAGGGAUUCGGGUGCACCUUCGGGAGUAACUGAACUCAAACCGAGGAUUUGAGGAAAACUUUUUAAAUAAAGGCAUAAACUUUUGUAAAUGGUUUUGUGGUAAGCACGAAAGAAGCAGUGUGUACGAUCAGUCAGCGCCCGAACGGUAAAGAUCCCCAAAAUACCUUACAAUGUUAUAUGAUAUAAAUUGUUAUGCAUGCUAGAAGACUAGGUAUUCAUGAUAGGACUAGAGUGGCCUAAUUUGUGAUGCCUUAGUCUAGGGAAGUUUGCUGAUAUGAGAUGCUUUGCUAGUAUGCGGGUAGAUAGUGCAUAUCAGAAGUAGAGUACUCACUAUCCGGGGUUUGGGGAGGAAGACUUGGGAUGAAUGCUGAUGCGGUGUGGUCGGUAGUAUUGGGCCCGUACUACCGAAGACACCGGGUCAGUGGGAGACCCAAGUAAGAAUCCCUGGAUAUCGGAGACUGAGUAGGGUUGCGUUAUCGAGUGCGAUUACACUUGAUGGAGUCUCUGAUAGUUUUAUGUUGUAUUUCAGAGACAUCAUGGUUAGACCACGCCACGGAGCGAGUACGAGCGGUGUGAGUGACGAGGAUAUUCGUCAGAUGAUUCACGAGGAGGUGGCGGCGGCGAUCCGGGCUGAGAUCCCGGAGAUGUUUGGGUCUAUUAAGACCACCCUGAUGGAGACAUUCGAUGAGCGGUACGCCGCGUUGACUGAGGCUGCAACCUCUGCAGCUACCGCAGCUGUGGCCGCUGCUAGGCCACAGGGGGGUGACUCGUUGCUGUUCCGAGAGUUCAGCAACACGAAGCCACCGGAGUUCGAUGGGACGCAGGAUCCGAUUGCGGCGAUGAGGUGGAUCGCGGACAUAGAGGGGUGCUUCUACACUUGUUCAUGCCCAGAGCACCUGAGGGUACGGUUCGCUUUGAACCAGCUCCGUCUGGGAGCGAAGGACUGGUGGAAGUUCGUGACGGCGAACUUCACUUUGGCAGAGACUACAACGGUGACAUGGGAGGGGUUUACUGCCAUGUUCAGGGAUGAGUACGUUCCCCCGGUGGAGCGGGAACGAUUGGUUCAGGAGUUCUUAACCCUCAAGCAGGGUACAGAUUCGGUGGCGGCGAUCACGCAGAAGUUUCAUGAGAGGGCGAUGUUUUGCCCUGAGCUGGUGUCCACCGAGCAGGCUCGGAGGAGCAGGUACUUGGGUGUCUUGAGGAGGGAUAUCCGGGAGUUUGUGGCGAACUCCACCUAUCAUACUUUUACGGAGCUUCAGGCGAAUGCCAGGAAGCGUGAGAUCGAGUUGGAGACUCAGGCCAGGGAGGAGGCCAAGUCUCAACAGGCAGACCGGCGGCCGGCUCAGUCUCAGCCAGCAGCCAAGCGGAUCAAGUCCGCCGAUUCGAGGGCGGGAGGUCCGAAGAGCCGCACUUGCGGAAAGUGCGGAAAGGGUCACGAUGGGGCGUGUCGAGCCGGUGCUUGCUACAAGUGCGGCAAGGAGGGGCACAUUGCUAGGGAGUGCCCCAAGGGGUUUAUGGUUUGCUUUCAUUGCAACCAGACCGGCCAUCGGAAGGCCGAGUGUCCGCAGCUUCGUCAGGGAUCUGCACCUAUUGCCAGGACUACUGAGGCUCGACCGGUGAAGGUCGAGGCCCCGAGGGCUCGUGGGAGAGCCUUUCAGCUGACUGCGGAGGAGGUCCGCGUUGCGCCCGAUGUCGUGGCAGGUACUAGCGAGGACCGUGGGAAGGUGCCGGCGUGAUCGAUACACACUGAAGAUUGUUUUUAUGAUCUUGGGAUUUAGACUAUUUGUAUCUGAUAUAAUACUUAAAAUUAUUUAUGCCUUGUUUUGAAUGGAAAUACCUUAUUUUUAAAAAUGAAAAAUUUGUUUGAAAAUUUGAGUUGUUACACAUGUCACUAAGGAACCUAAGAUUAUAAGAAUCUAAGGAUCUAAUAAUCAAGUUAUGAUUUACAAGUUAACCUUAAGAAUUGGAUAACACUACCCACCAAUCUUUCAAUUGAAGGAUUUAUAGGUUCAUGGUACAACCUUGUGGUUACCAAUAAUACUAUCUACUGACUUUCGUUUUCUAAAUAAAUUCAUUGUAAUCGGAUUAUCUAAUUUGAUAUGACCAAUGAAACUUUUCAAGUGAUAUGACUCCCUUAUCAUUUAGCAAGCGGUUAUUUAUGAAUUUUUAAGACAAAUGGCUCUCUUGCCCUGCUUCAACCUAGCAAUGAAUGCGAGGAAACUCUAUGGAUGAUAGAGCAUGACAUUGAAAUAUUAAUCACGCGACUUUAUACCAUACAGACUAAACAUUGUAUAUCAGACUUUAAGAUGAUAGUUGUUCCUAUAGUGACAUUGAUACCUGAUGAUGAUGAGUAGUCUCAGUUUGAUGCUUAUGAACCACUUGAAACAAAAAACAGUGUCCUUGCGAUUUUUGGAUUUACAAUGGACUUCAAAUUGAAUUCUUAUAUGAAAACACACCAAAGUGAGAAAUUGGUGUAAACGUACCAUCCAUCACACGCCUGCUCCAAACUGCAAUGUGGUCAUUUUUUAAAUAAGUGGUGGUACAUUAAGAACAAUCAAACAGUGUGUUUGCAUGUAAGAAUUCAGUUUGAAGUCCACAGCAAAUCCAAAAAUCACAAGAACACUCUUUUUUGUUUCAAGUGGUUCAUAAACAACAAGCUCAAACUGCUCAUCAUCAUCACCAGGUAUUAGUGUCAUUAUAGGAACAUCAUUUAUCCUAAAGCCUGAUAUAUAUUACAAUGUUCAGUCCGUAUGGUAUAGAGCUGUGUGACUAAUAUUUCAAUGCCAUGCUCCAUCAUCCAUAAAGUUUCUUCAUUUUCAUUUUUAGGUUGAAGCAGGGAAAGAGACUUAUUUACCUUAAAGAUUCGUAAAUAACCGUUUGCUAAAUGAUGAGGGAAUCCUAUCACUUGAAAAGUUUCAUUGAUCACAUUAAAUGAGAUAAUCUGAUUACAAUGAAUUUAUCUAGAAAGCAAAAGCCAAUAGAUAAAGCCAUUUAGAAAUCCUUCAAUGGGGAUAUUUGGUGGGAAGUGUUUUCCAAUUCCCCAAGCUUAACGUGUAAACCAUAACUUGAUUAUUAGAUCCUGUGAUUGCUAUGAUCUUAGGUUUUCCUUAGUGACGGGACAAACCCUAAAACUAACAUACUUAUGGAAAGGUGGCUUAGGCACAACAAUAACAAACGAUUUUCUAAUAAGAGGAUUCAAGAGAGCAAUAACCUGAGUUGGGGGAUUAGAGUCAGAAAGAAAUCCACACAAUCUCAACAAGCCAUUAACGAUACCAAUUACCGUUAUACUUUUAAGUUGUAAAGUUGAUAGGAGAAAAAUCCACGACUAACCUCUCUAGAGGGAAAGUGUCAUUACCGACAUAGGAAAAUCCAUCAAACAUUUAUCAUUCGAUACAAUCAGGAUAGGACGGAGAAAGCUAUUGAUCACAGAUCACAUUGUUUUUAGGAGGACCGAACCUAAUUCGUGCUUUGCCUAGAAGCCUUUGAAAGGCUGAAGCCACACACCCAACAAAAGUGGGGACAAGUACCAAAGUAUGUUGUUAUUAAGUGAUAACAUACAUGUGACUAUGAAUAAUGUAGUGUGUUAGACCUUGACCGAUGUCAAUGGGACAAAGCUUUAAACCUUUUGUCCCCCAUAGAAAGAGAUGUGACAUACAUGAAUGGCUUUAUACUCACAUCUAUUGUUUGCUUUGAUAAAAAAAAUUUAAUUUUUAUUAUUUUUUCUUUUUUUAUGUCUCACGUGCAGAAACUAGUUUGAACAAGUUAAAUGAAGGUGUACACAGUAGGUUAGUGUUAUAGGUGUUGAAAUCUAUGUUUUUGGUUACAUUUUGGAUGGUUUAAGAAUGAAAUGUACAAUUUGAAUUUGGUACAAAAGAUUGAUAUCCUAUCAUGGAACUGUGAAUUCGUGAUA